AUGUACGUCCUUUUUGACGAGAAGUUCCAUUUUGAUUUCAUGGAGCGCAUGCCAACAUCCAUGAGAAACGUUGAAGAAGUAUUGUUUGAUAACCUUGACGAUUUAGAGUUUAGAGAUCUUGAUGGUUUAGAGUUUAGAAAUCUUGAUGAUUUAGAGUUUAGAAACCUUGAUGAUAUAGAGUUUGAUAACCUUGAUGAUUUAGAGUUUAGAGAUCUUGAUGGUUUAGAGUUUAGAAAUCUUGAUGAUUUAGAGUUUAGAAACCUUGAUGAUUCAGUGUUUGAUAACCUUGAUGAUUUAGUGUUUGAUGACCUUGAUGAUUUAGUGUUUGAUAACCUUGAUGAUUUAGUGUUUGAUAACCUUGAUGAUUUAGUGUUUGAUUACCUUGAUGAUUUAGUGUUUGAUAACCUUGACGAUUUAGUGUUUGAUAACCUUGAUGAUUUAGUGUUUGAUAACCUUGAUGAUUUAGUGUUUGAUAACCUUGAUGAUUUAGUGUUUGAUAACCUUGAUGAUUUAGAGGUUAGAAACCUUGAUGAUUUAGUGUUUGAUAACCUUGACGAUUUAGUGUUUGAUAACCUUGACGAUUUAGUGUUUGAUAACUUUGAUGAUUUAGUGUUUGAUAACCUUGAUGAUUUAGAGUUUAGAAACCUUGAUGAUUUAGAGUUUAGAUACCUUGAUGAUUUAGAGUUUAGAAACCUUGAUGAUUUAGUGUUUGAUAACCUUGAUGAUUUAGAGUUUAGAAACCUUGAUGAUUUAGAGUUUAGAUACCUUGAUGAUUUAGAGUGUAACAACCUUGGUGACAUAAAACGACUGAUUUCAGUGGGGACUUAA